CUUCACCAUGUUCUUCACCAAGAUUUCGUUGGCUGCCAUCGCUGUCUUGACUGCUGUGAGCGAGGCUCGCCACCAUGAAUACGGACUCUUGCACCCCAAGCGUUCUUUGACCACGACUGUUUCUGCACCCACCGUCACCGUGUACCCUAUUCCUCUCAGCACAGCGCCUGUUUCCGCUGUUGUCUCUUCUGCGUCUGCUACUGAGACGGACCUGACCUUGACUUACACACUGGGAACGGGUACUUCAACCCAGGUCGUGACCACUACCAUCCAUCGCACUCAGACUGACACGCUUUACGUGACUGCCACUGCGGCCCCUGGUGGUAACAAUCAAGUUGUUGGUUCAUCCAGCGAAGCUACAACCACUGUCUUCAGCACUUCUACCUCCACUUCGACUGUCACUGUCUUGGCCGCUACAUCUACUGCCGCAGGCUCUGGUCCCGGCGCUUCUGGCAAUGGCAAUGGCAAUGGCGGCCAGGGUUGCAGUGGUCAGGCCACCGUUACCGUCACCGAGAAGGAAACCGUCACCGUGACCGCCAUUCCCGAUGCCACAGGUGGUCUCAAUACUCAGGUGAUCUCUGAGACUGGAUCUUCUGCCCCAAGUAAAACCGCUACAACUGCUCCCACGCAACCUACUGAGACUACUACUCUCAAGGUUCCCCCAUCGCCAAGCGGCCCCAAUGGUGGUCACGGCAAUACUUCCGUCGCACCCUACCCGACCAACGUUCCAGGGCAGGGCCAAGUGACAUCCUCUGGAUUCUUGACUAAGACUGUCCCACUGCACACUGACCGUCCCCGCCCCACCGGCUAUUUCUAGACGCAUAUGAGUUCACGAUACUGUACCGGUAUUUGUUCAAUCAUAUUUUCGCCGCCGUGUCUAUUUUUCAGUCGUUUCCGGGUUACGACUAAUGUUACGCUGCGUUAGCAUGUGUAUGUGCUUCAAUCUUUAACCAUUUCGUUCCAUCACCUGUUCAGAUAUAUGACAAGGGCAACACUGGGUGAUGGCCCUUUUUCCUUCGAUUUUCAAACCAUCUUCUUGAAUUGUGUUCGUUACAUGCACUUUUCAUCUGUCUUACUGCUAGCCAGUGAGAUUCUAUUCUCGGAAAUACAUUAUUCUUUC